GAUAAUUAACAAUCAUAUUGAUUUUAAUCAUCAAUUGAGAAAUUGAGUUGAAAUAGAUAGACUAAGCCUUCUAGAUUGCCUUGAAAAUGACUGAGUACUGGAAAAGCAAUGCCCGUAAGUUCUGCGACUACUGCAAGUGUUGGUUUGCUGACAACAGAGCAAGCAUUGACUUUCACGAGGUGGGCAAGAAGCACAAGGAGAAUGUUGCCAAGCGGCUAAAGGAGAUUGGCAUUAGAGGCAGGGAGGACUAUGAGAACUCCCUCAGGGCAGAUGACUACAUGAAGCAGAUGGAACAAGCUGCUUUGAAGGCCUACCAAGCUGACCUAGGCGCCAACCCAGACAUGACCGGCGAAGCCAUAAAGAAGAUCGCCAAAGACAGCAACGCCNGAUUGGCCAAAACCAGUGACGGCAAAUGUUAUUACUACCACAUACACACUAAAGAGACAAAAUGGGAAGCACCUGCUGAAGGGUUCGUUACUCUAGAGCAACAAAAAGCGGAUAAGAAAAAAGAAAUCAAAAAGAAGAAAAGUAAGAGCAGAGACUGGGACAAAUCAUCUAUGUCAAAGCAGCAAGAGAAGCCCACAGAAGGUUGGAACAGCGGGGCAAGUAGCAGCGAUGUCUACGGCUCCUGGACCACCGUCAAAGCACCCGAGCUGCCAGACUUGCAGCUGCCGCGCGUGCCUGGCGAUGAUGACGUGGAAGAGUACUACGUGGAGACCUACCGCGCCCCCCACCAGUUCACGCAAAAGACGGUUACCCUCGGUGAAACAUCUGUUAACUCCGAUUUCAAGAAACGGAAAAACGCUCAAAACUUCAAGAAGAAUGCCAGGAUGAGGACCGGGGAUUUAUAGUAUUCUUUGCAAGCUAAGCUGAUUAGUACCUACUACCUAGAUUGACUAAAAUCUGUGGUGCAAUUUGCAGGGAAGCGAAAAAUCGAUGUAAAAUGUAAAUUUAAUUUUUAUCAAUAAAUCGUAAACUUGUA